UUGAUAUGAAGGUUUGCUUUCGAAGUGCAUAUUGCGCUGGCACUCAACUUUUUUCGCCUUUGCCAUAAAUAGAUAUCAAAUGCCAUAAAAAGAUAUCAAAUGUCAUAAAACUUGACAGACUGAUAUUACAAGAAAACACUCCAAAUUGAGUUCGAAAGAUGAAUGAUAAGCAUUAGUUCCUUGUCACUAGAGCACAGUAAGACAUGAAAUAGAACAGCGAUCUCCAAGACUCAAAAAUGCCCAGUGGUGCAGGAUUUUAUGGUUCACAAGUCGCAAAAAACUCCUCACAACCCGAAAUUACCGUCAUCGUAAACUGUGCUUUAAAUGUCCCAUUGAUGAUUCUCUCCAUAUUUGGCAACGCAUUGGUACUCGUUGCUAUCUUGAAAACACCGUCACUUCGUUCAUCGUCCAUUUUGCUUCUCUGUAGCCUGGCGGUUUCCGAUCUCUUAGUUGGCACGUUAAUUCAACCUCUUUAUAUAGCAUCUGUACUCACAAGGAAAGAGCUUUUGGAUAGUCUGUGGUUCACGGUGUCCUUUGCCGCAUGUGGGAUUUCUCUUUGCACCAUAACGACCAUCAGUGUGGACCGAUUUUUGGCCCUUCACUUCCAUAUGCGUUAUCCAUCUCUUGUAACAAAGUCUAGAACUGUACACGCGAUAGCAAUAAUUUGGUUUUUAAUAUUCCUUCUUUCAGGUGUUUAUUAUUUAAAUCCACUAGUGUAUUUCUUCCUCAUAGCUCUUGGUGUGGGAUUAUUUUUAUUGAUAUCAAUUGUCGCCUACAUUGGGAUCUAUAGAAUAGUCAAACGUCAAAAACUUCAGAUCAGUACUCUACAGCAAGCGGUGCAAGCUUCAACCACAGAAAAUCUCUCUAACUUCAAACAGCUGAAGACCAGCGCGUUAAAUUCGUUCGUGUUCUUUAUCGUCAUGGUUGUUUUUUAUAUGCCAAUGUCUAUUGCUAUGACCUUGUAUCUCGUAACUGAAAACUGGGAUAGUGCUUGGGGUUUCGCAACGACUGCAGUUUUCAUGAAUUCGUCUAUUAACCCGGUUUUGUUCUGCUGGCGAAUUGGCACGUUACGUAAAGCAGUGACAAAAACAGUGCAGAAGAUAUUGGGUAAACAGUCCUAAAACGGAAGAAUCAAAACAGUUCAAUCCUCAUAAGAGUAAAUUAUUUAAGUCCCUGUACAUCAAGAUAACGUACUCUGAAUAGAAGGAACAUUGAAAUUAUACUUUGGAAACAAAGACAAACAUCAAAGAGUUAUUCAUGAACCACUAAGGGCGAUAAUGGUCGAGGGUACAGUUCGAUCCCCACCAUAAUGGAUUUUCAAAAAGUCACGAUACAUCGAGUUAAUUGACUUUGAAUGGAAAGAAACAUUGAAAUCAUACUUUGGCCGUAAAGGAAGACAAACAUCAGAGAACUAUAAUUGUUGAGGAUAGGAAAGACAAACAGGAAUUGAAAACCCGAAGAGAUUUGCGUCAUUUUAUUUUUCGAGAUGCACCAUCCAUGACGCAUUUCUUUCAUAUUGAUCGCAAAAAGGUUUUUAAAAAACAAUGUUUUAUUGACAUAAGCCAACUUGAAAGAGGUUUCUAUGAUGGUAUGGCAUUACCAAUGAUUCGAAAAACUUUUGGCUUUUAUUCUGUUGAAGUUGACAUGGCAUUGAUAUUGUUUCGUUCUGUGUUCUAUGUGCGUGUACUGCCGACUGUGUUUCUAAAAGUAAUCAGUCCAUAGAGAGGCCGCAUGAGUGACCUGUACAUGUUGUAUCUUUUGAAUUGGGAGAAAUGUUGCGAAUACUGUCGGGCUUGAAAUGUUGUGCGUUGUGUUUGUGGUUGUGAACGGCAUAUUUUCUACUUCUUUAGUAAUAUGAGUUACAACUGUGAAAGGAGCUCAAAUCAAAACUUUUUUUUAAUAACUGCCCUUUUGGCGAUUUGACAGAGUGCAACCUCUGUGGCAAAGUUUAAAGUCAACGUUUAAGGUUAGUACAGAUCCAUACUUUCCUUGUUUCCCACGACGCUAAAUGAUAUCUGCUAUAGCACCCAUUACCAAGCAGAAAUUUGCUUUUUCUCAGUCACAAUAACGACGUAUUUCCGGCAAUAAUGCUUUGUUCAUUUUGUCGUAAAUAUCGGUUUCAAUACAUUACCAUAGUAAUGCGCUUUCCGAUAUUCCCAUAGAUUUGCACAGUUUGAGUGAUAUCCUGUGAGCUGCUCCCUUCCCGUGAUCAGUGUAACGUAUAAAUAUAUGAUUGAUGAAAAUAUGAAAAAGAACAGCUUAGAUAAUGACGCCUUGUCGAGAUCAACCGUUUAAUAUCGUGAUGUAUAAUAUAUAUUUCUUUUUCAAUAAGUGUUCGUCUCUUCACUAAUCAAGCAUCAACGUGCCCAUAUAUAUGAAUUAAAUAAAUAUAUAACACAAAACUGUACAAUAUUUUUCAGAGAAAUUUACGCAAACAUUCACUCACGGUAAUGAAGAUGGAAUUAUAAAAAUUACAUACACCGAGCCAUGAGUUUGCAAUAUUAUCAUAGCUUAGUUUUAUGAACAAUUUCCGUUCGAAUAUUAGAAAACACACUCAGACAACCAGACAAAACAUUGAAUUUCUUACGCACCUAGUCACUGUUACAGCAAUUUUAAAACUGAAAAAGGUUCGUCGCUUGCGUUGCACUGGUUCUUCAUUAAAGUAAGACAAAGACAGCACAUGGACUUUCUUCCCGUAUAAAAAAUUUGAAUCGCUUAAAUAUUAUUAGUGAACUGCAUGUCUUUUAGCCUGUUGCUCCUAAGUAUGAUAAGCAUCUAAUAAUUGUAUCGCCCCUGAAUCAGUCAUCGCUGUAAUGAGAAUAAAGAAUAAGGGAUACAAUUUCAAACUCGAAAAGCCCGCUAUUGUUCGACAAAUUCUUCUUUCGAGUAACAUAAGAAAAGUUAAGAGAACAGAAUGGAGAACUUACAUAAUAAUUUCGAAAGUAAAGGGUUAAUUGCUAAUUUCGAGAGUACCUCGGGGAUUAUAGACAGUGUACUGAUCAUUUGCUUCAAAAAAAGCAAGUCAUCAUAUCGUUUGUGAAAUGUUGUUUUCAAACUGCAGUAAUACAGGAAAGAUAAAGAAUAUCACGUAAAUUAAAAGAAAGAAUGUCUUUGUCACGGGGGUUGUAGAGAGAGAAGAAAACCAAAAACAGAAUAAAGAUAUAUCUGUUUUUUUUUUUUAAUCACCAUCUAAAUGCAAUGUUGAUGUAAAUGCAAGUAUGUC